AAUGGAAUGAACUUGGUGAAAUCAUAAUUUGAAGGUUGACACACAAAAUCAAGUUGAAAAGAAAAAACUCAAAGGUCUAUAAAGAUGGUUUUAUGUGAUUGACUUGGCCAAUGUUUGUUUCUCCAUAAUAAUAAUCCAUCCCUCCCACUCAUCAAAAUUUCCUCACUUGAUAAAUAGUAUUAGAAUUUUCUUUUUACUCUUAAUAUAUUUCAAAAAAACCCUUUUAAUUUUUCUUUUACCUCUCUUCUUUUUGUGUCCAUUAAACAAUGAAAAUGGCAUAUUACCAAUCAUCCUUUCCCCUCUGUAGGAAACACCCAUCAUUGCCCCCAACAAUCCUUUUCAACCUUAGAAACCUGAGCUUCUAAGAUAUUCCACUCUUCCAUUCCUUCACUUUUUUUUUCCUCUCCUCAAAUUCAAUUCUCUUCCUUUUUUAUUUUCCCCUUAUGCUUCUUCCACUCUCUCUCAAUUUAAAUAUCUCCCCCCUCUUCACAACUUUCUCUCCUUUCUUCCAUCACUCUUCUAAUACAAACCAAAAAACCAACCACUUUUUUUCUUCUUCUUCCACUUUUUCUUAUAAUAAUAAUUCCAACACAAAAAUUAACUUUAAAAAAAAAUGGAUCCUUCAUCAACAAACUCAGUGAAUGGAUUCUACUCUUUUCUAACAAGAGGAAUUGACGAUCUAGAAAGAAUGUUCUUAAACAACAAUUUCAUGUCAAUUCAAUUCCUUCAAAGGGCACUUUCUCUUCUUCGAUCUUUACAUACCCAAUUGACCCUUUUGGUUCAAAAGCUUCAUUUACCUGUUGGUGAUAAGUGGCUUGAUGAAUACAUGGAUGAAAGUUCCAAACUUUGGGAAGCAUGUCAUGUUCUAAGAUCUGGCAUUUCAGGAAUCGAAAAUUACUACUCUUCUGCUUCAAACAUCACUUCCUCUCUCGAUUCUCAUCGACACAUCACCCCACAACUCUCUCGACAAGUGAUAAGAGCAAUAUCAGGGUGUAGAAGAGAAGCUGUUGGGUUAGAAGAAGAGAAUCGUGCUUUAAUGGAAACAAGGAUUCAACCACUUUCAUUACGUUUUGACGAAAGGGUAUCAAUUGAAUCGAAGUUAAACGGUUUCAACGGUUUCAGGGGUGUUUUAUAUGCAAUGAGAAACGUGAGUUCGUUGUUGUUAAUGAUUUUGUUAUAUGGUUUGGUUUAUUGUUGGCCAGAAUCAUCGGAUUUGGUUUUUGGAGGGUACGAGUAUGAUGAGUACGAAGGUUGUUUGUUUCUUGGAUCGGCUUUUAUGAGGUUGCAGCAGAGGGUGGCGGCGGAGAUGGGGAGGAUCAAUGGUGGUGGUGGGGCAGGGAUGUUGUUGCAUGAAUUUAGAAGAUCAAAGGUUGUUAUGGAAGAUCUUAGAAGUGAAUUGGAGAGAAAAGGUUCGAUUUUGGAGUGGGAAAAUGAAGUUGGUAUUAGGGAGAAAGUUGAGAAUUUUAGAGGAUCUUUUGGUGUUCUUAGAUCUGGUGUUGAUAAUAUUGUUGCUCAACUUGAUGAUUUCUUUGAUGAGAUUGUUGAAGGAAGGAAGAAGCUUUUGGACUUCUGCAGUCAUAGGUGAAAUUAAGAAAUAAAGAAAGAAAAAAAAAGUUAUUAGUUAAUGGUUGAAUUGAAGAAAAACAAGGUAGAGAUUAGUGAGGAACAGUUGAUGGGGUUGUUGUACCUUUUAUUAACCCUUUUUUUUCUUUCUUCUUUUUUUAUAAUUUAUCUUUUGUGGUAUUUUGUUUUGUUUUUCACAGUUGAAAAACUUAAAAAAUUUGAUGCCACUGCCAAGUUUUUUUCCUUAGCAGAAGCCUGUAAAGAAGGUUCUCAAAUUUAGUUUAAAUGUAGUUUCAGAUUUUUUUUUUUUUU